CUCUUCACCAGUGCUCGUGUCCCCCUUUCCACUCAUUGCUCACGUUUACCGUAGUCCGACAUUGGUAGCUAUACCCCGACCUAGGUGGUCCUCUCGUAUAAAGCUGUCCCUUUUGCUCCGUACCUCAAAGGCAUUCCAACGUCCCACUCAGCACCGGACCUUCGUAUCGCUCCCCCUCACCUCUCAUCAGGCUAGGCUCAGCGCAGUCGAAGCCAAAGCCAAAGCCGAAGCCGAGUCGCAGGCCCAAGUUCGCGCCAGGGCAAGGGCAAGGAGCAGGAUGACACCCCGUCAUUCCUCUUCAGCCGCCUUUUCGGCUCCACCGCCCAAUUCGGAUGCGCAAACCCUCUUCAAGCAUGCCCGUCAAGUCUUUGACGAAUGUGAUUCGCUUCGAGAAUCCUACUGGGAGCUGCAACGGCGUGGUGAGAAGAAGCAGGCGCAGGCGGCUAAACAGGAGGCAAAGGAGUUGCUUGCCACGCUUGGACUGGCUGGGGCGGGGAUUGGACAGGAGAGGAUGCAGGGAGAGGUAGAUAGGGAGUGGUCCUAUCAGAAGGGUGAUGCAGGAGGGGAACACAACAGGUGGGCUAAUGUCAGACCUUGGGACCACGCAAUGCUCCCCGAGCCCUACCUCAAUGCCUCUACAAUUCCACCACUAGCCUGGGCUCCUCAGAAAGACAUCAAGACCCUACAACCCUUUGUAGCCUCUCAAGCUCCCCUCCCAAAUACUUUUUCCACUUUUUGGCACCACUUUCUCUCUUCUGGCGCCCGCCUCGUCGUUAACCUCACACCAGUAUACGAUGCAUAUGGGAUGACAAAGGUACGCAAGUCUCACCAGUACUGGCCUGAUCAUCGUAAGCAGCCCUUUGAUGCUGGAGAUGGAUGGGAAGUGGAGCUAGUGAGGCAGACGAAGCAUACCACACGGACCAAGCCUGAUUCGGACACGCAGUCCGAAGUAGAGGCUCGGACUACUGCGCCGCCUGCGGCUAGAUUGAUGGAUCGAGCCAUUGGUGCUAGUGGCAGCGGCAGCGGUAGCGGUAGCACUACCAAGAAUUCGGGGCAUGCCACUGGCAGUAGUAGUUCAAGCGGUAGUGGUAGCGAUAGUAGACGGAGCUCCCAUCAAAGUAGCCAUCAGCCAGACAAGGACUGGACUAUUGUCCGUCGGGAUCUCCUUAUCCGUCCUCCUCAAAAGUGGGAACCAGCACCACUCGCAUCCUACGUCGAUGCCCUCUACGAUUGCACAGGCACCGGUCCACACCACUCUCCCACUGCAGUCAAUCGGGCAAAUCCAGACGGGUCAGGCUGGCCCGUGACUCUGCUGCACGUCGACGCCUGGGCAGAUGGGGGUGCAGACUCUAGCCUGAACUUUUGUCGACUGGUAGACCUAGUACAGGAUACCCAACGACGUCUCUGUCCCGCCUCUAGCUCCCCCGUUCCUCCCAUUUGGGUACACUGCUCUGCGGGAAUCGGGCGUACAGGCACACUCGUGGCAGGAAUGAUGGCACGGGCGCUUGCCUCUUCCCAUGAACCUACACUUAGGGCUUAUCCGGCGGAAAAGAUUGUCUUGAUCUUGUGGAGGUACUUGAGAGAGAGGAGGUAUGGGAUGAUCACUACGCCGCAGCAGGCGAUGAUGGUUGCGGAUGAAAUUGAGAGGGUUAGGAGGGGAUUGACGUGAGAAGGGAGAGGAAGGGGGAGAAGGGAAAGAAGGGAGAAUAGAAGGAUAGAAGCAAGAGAGGCAAGGAUGGAGCGGCAGAGGUAGGAGGGAAAAGGUCAAAGGUCGGGGGACUUGUAGAAGCGGCUCAGAAAAAGUCCACCUCACGUUGCGUGU